GCUGCAGCCGCAAGCCCUGCGUGACAAGCCGGGGGCCAACGCCAGUACCUCGAGUGCGUUCGGUAUCCUCUCCACGGCGGCUGUUCGUUUCGCGAACCGUCUCUCGCGCGCAGGCGUCGACCAUCUGACAAGCGGCGCAGCUUUUCAUUAGGCUCCGUGUGUUCCUUACAAUCGUGCGCAAGACCUGCUCGUUGUGUCGCUCGUUGGCCUCGCUUGUGUGGUUCGUGCGCUAACCUCCGUGUUUCUCCCAGCAGCGUGCGCUUGCGUCGCUCGCAGUGUUAAGGCAGUUUUAGAAUAGGGUACGCAAAGUUAGCGUUCGUUCGCGCGCGCAUUUCGGCACUUAACGUGGGUACCCAAGAGGAUAGCGUAUGACGCAUGCGUAGUGGUGACAAACGCUAACGCAAAGCUUUGAGUACCCUAUUUAAACUCUGCAGUGCAAGCAGGACGGAAUGCAGACGAUGCGUAAAGCAUCCUCGAGCAGGCGACGGCCUGAAAGACGUCGGUGACACCCGCUUUUUAGGGACAAGACGUUUGUUUUGUUUUCACGAGACCGCCAUGUUUCCGGCAUCGGCGGCUCGUUUCGUGUUUUGCCUGGUCGCCGCGCUGCUGGUUGUGCUUGGGCGGCAACCGGAAGCGGUGGUGCGCGGUGAAGAUAGUGUAUCGCGCGAUAUGGUUGUCGUCACUUCCGGUACCAUGGCCGACGAAGAGAAGGAGCCGGGCUUCUGGGCGUCCUUCAGGACUUACAUGCUCGGGGAGCACAACGCGCAUAAACAUGACUGGCACCAUCGUUUCUUCAACCGGUACGUGCCGCUCUUCGGCGUCAUCACCUUGUCCCUGGUGGCCAUUGCCCUCUGCCUCAGCUACUGGUGUCAAGACCGGAACUCUCCGGAGACGGAGUCGUCCCGAGCCCGUCUGGAGGAGAUGCGGCGAAUGCAGUGCGGAGAGCGGGUGGCCAUGUACACCAUGCCGCCCAGCACGGACACCUACACCCAACAGGGCUGUCCGGGACACGUAAGCCAAGUUACAAAUGACUUCUACGGCUACCCACCGCCCCCGCCCCGAUACAACUACGCCACGUUCGAUCCCACAGCUCCAGCGACAGUACCACUGCAGCCUUUGCAGCCUUCCGCACCACCGGCGUACCGCUUACGAUGACGCAAGCCCGACCCUGCUCAAGACUCCCAAGACUUCGUUCGGGGUCGCGACGAACCCGCAACCCCAUGGAUUACGUAACCCAGCUUCCGGACGCUCCCAGGAGCAUCCCGAUUGACCUCGUGACGAGCUUCUUAACUCCGCGAUGCUCGUCUCCUGUCGAAGACACCUCGUUCCGCGUGAGUCAGUUCGCGCGUGGGAAUGAGAGGUUGCCAGCGCGUCAGAGUUUUUGUCGCACGAUUUCGGUGUCCUGACCGCGAUGAACGCUGUCCAGCAUCGAAGUCGCAGCCCCUUUCGAAGUCACAACUCGCGGACAAUGACUGUCCGGAUGAAUAGUCAUGUACCCUUUUUGGAAAAUAAAACACAUAUUCCUGCGCCUAA